GCCGGCGGUGCCGCCGCCGCCGCCAUGGAGGCGAAGCCGAGCGACCUCCCGCUCUGCGACAGCCUCAUCCUGUGGUUGCAGACAUUCAAUACUGCUGCGCCUUGCAGAGAUGUUCAGGAUUUGACUAAUGGUGUAGCAAUGGCCCAGGUACUUCAUCAAAUAGAUGUUGCCUGGUUUGAUGCAUCUUGGCUAAGUCGUAUUAAAGAUGAUGUUGGUGACAACUGGAGAAUAAAGUCCAGUAAUCUGAAGAAGAUACUACAAGGAAUUAUGGACUACUAUCAUGAGUUUUUGGGUCAGCAGAUAUCAGAAGAACUUAUUCCUGACUUAAACCAGAUAUCUGAGAAUUCAGAUCCCACCGAACUGGGCAGGCUUCUGCAGCUUAUUUUAGGUUGUGCAGUCAACUGUGAAAGGAAGCAAGAACACAUACAGAAUAUCAUGACACUAGAAGAGUCUGUUCAACAUGUUGUCAUGACUGCUAUUCAAGAGCUCAUGAGCAAGGAAAUAAUGGGUCCUUCUACAACUGAUGCAUCAAGUGAAAUGGAACAGCAGCUUAAAAGAGCUUUGGAAGACCUUCAGGAAGCACUAGCAGGAAAAGAAGAGUUGGCGCAGAGAUGUCAAGAGCUAGAUUUACAGGUGGCUGCCCUUCAGGAUGAAAAAAACAGCUUAAUGUCAGAAAAUGAGGUUAUGAAUGACAGGUUAGAGCAAUUAGAUGACUCUCUUGAUGAUCCAAAUACUAUGGUUGCAAGAAAGUAUUUUCAUGCACAGUUGCAGCUGGAACAGCUUCAAGAAGAAAACUUCAGGCUUGAAGCUGCUAAAGAUGAUUAUCGUGUCCAUUGUGAAGAUCUAGAAAAACAAUUGAUUGAACUGCAACAUAGAAAUGAUGAACUAACCUCUUUGGCAGAAGAAUCUAGAGCCCUGAAGGAUGAAAUUGAUGUUCUUAGGACUACUGCAGAUAAAGCAAGUAAGCUGGAGUCAACUGUUGAAGUGUACCGUAAAAAGCUCCAGGAUCUGAAUGACUUUCGUAGACAAGUGAAAUCUUUGCAGGAAACGAACAUGAUGUAUAUGCAUAACACAGUCAGUUUAGAGGAAGAACUAAAGAAAGCCAAUGCAGCACGUACCCAAUUAGAAACGUAUAAAAGACAGGUCCAGGAGCUUCAUAACAAACUAUCUGAAGAAUCAAAAAGAGCUGAUAAACUAGCAUUUGAAAUGAAGCGACUUGAGGAAAAACAUGAAGCUUUAAUCAAAGAAAAAGAGAGACUGAUUGUGCAAUGUGAUGCUUUAAAAGAAACUAAUGAAGAGCUCCGGUUUUCACAGAUGCAACAGGAUCACUUAAGCCAAACAGAUACAUCUCAUGCUAAAAGUCAUGAUAAUCUUGCUGCUGAAAUUCUGCCAGUGGAAUAUAGAGAAAUGUUUAUUCGACUGCAGCAUGAAAACAAGAUGCUUUUGUUACAACAAGAGGGAUCAGAAAACGAACGUAUUACAGAGCUCCAGGAACUGCUGGAGCAGAAGAAUCGAACAGUGAAUGAACUAGAAACUGAAAAAAGGCUAAAUGAAGAGCGCAUUGGAGAGUUACAACAGCAGAUUGAGGAUCUACAGAAGACUUUACAGGAGCAGGGAUCCAAGACCGAAGGAUCUAGCAAUCUGAAGCAGAAGUUGGCAGCACAUAUGGAAAAGUUGAAUGAAGUUCAUGAUGAGUUAGAGAAGAAAGAGGCUCUUCUUGCAGAACUCCAGCCUGAUGUUAAUCAGAACUCCCAGAAGAUUGGAGAGCUGGAAGCAGCUUUGCGUAAAAAAGAUGAAGAUAUGAAAGCAAUGGAAGAAAGAUAUAAAAUGUACCUUGAGAAAGCAAGAAAUGUGAUAAAAACAUUAGACCCCAAGCUAAAUCCAGCAUCAGCAGAAAUUAUGUUGCUCAGAAAGCAGAUAACAGAAAAAGAUAAAAGAAUUGAAGCAUUGGAGGCUGAAUGCAAGCUUGCUAAGUUACAUGAUUAUGAGGAAAAGCUAAUUGUAUCUGCUUGGUAUAACAAGAGUCUAGCUCUCCAGAAGCUAGGUAUGGAAGCUAGACUGAUUGGCAGUAGUGGUGCCUGCAGAGAUGGUCCUGGACGCUCCUUCCUAGCGCAGCAACGUCAUGUCACCAAUACCAGAAGGAAUCUCACUGUUAAAGUACCUGGUGCAACAUCUGAUUAAAUCACAAGGAGAACUUGUAAGCUAAAGUGUCCUUAAUUAAAUAUUUUGUAGUUUCCACUUUAACUACUUAACGAAAGAGGAGGUUAGAAUGGUGGGCAGCUGCAAAUUCAGCACCAGAACCUAUGGAGAAGUGAUUCAUCUGAUCAGUGAUAUUUAAAAAGUAGCACAUACUUUUCCAAGUAGAAAUAGAUUUCAGAACUGCAGUAUGUAUUUACAAGCACAACUUAAAUAUUGAUAUUUGACUUCUGAAUAUAUUGUAGAUAUAAAAAUUGGCACUGUAUGUUUUACACUUUAUUUAAUGUGUUUGGGCUGCAGAGUUGACAUUUAUAAUGGGAAAACGUUAUGCAAAAAAGUACUUCAGGAAGCUGGCAAUAUUGAGCAUUUUUGUUGGGCUCUUUUAAAAAUAAUUUUAGAAGAUUGACAACAUGCUUCAAAAAUGCUAUUGAGAAUAUAAGAGUACAAUUUCAGAAGCAAGAAAAUGUUUGCAUCCAUAGAAAAUUGUAGUAAUUUCAGGACUAGUUAUGUGACAGGAAGCAGACUAUAUCAUCUCAACCCAGAGGCAAAAUUGUAAGUUUAUUUAAAUUUUUUUAUUUAAAAAGACUUGUGCAUAUACACACUAAGGAAGAACUUCUUUUAAGGUACUGAAUUCACUAAAGCCAAAUAAGCUGUCUUUUCUUCCUACUUAAGAAUAAAAAGCUAAUGUGUGAAUUGAAAAACCUGGGCUAUGUUUUAGAAGUUUAGGGUUUUGUGCACUGCUUUGACUUGUGCAGAGGGGGUAGGUGGGAAGGAACCCCUUAUUUUCCAGCUUUACCAUCUUGUGCUUAAAAAUCAAGCUUCCUGUUUUUUAAUUAUUUAAUUAUUUUGAAGUAAUUGUGCUAGGCAAAUUAAUGAAAGAUAGCUUUUCUAAUCCUUGGGAGCCAAGAUUGUUUGCAGGCAGGGAGAAAACUGCCUAAACUACAGUGAAUCUAGUGUCUGUGUCUGGGAAGAUGAAAUCAGGAUUGGUAGCUGAAACUUGACGGGUGCAGUUUCACCACUUUUCAUAAAAUUUGUGUCACUUUACAAAAUGUCUGAUUUUUAUUGUUAACUGCAUUUAAAAAAAAAAUGUGAACAUCAUUGGCUCUUCUUUAUAAACUGUCUAGAGCAAUUCGUGAGUCAACUAAAGUAAAACUGCAGCAGCCCUUAAAAUAAGAUGAAUAUGCUUACAGUAGGAAUGUGAGGGUGCAGUACCAGCCUGUAAGCUAGUAUGAAAGUCAUCUGCAUGAGUGAAAGCAUGUGGCUGUCUUCACACUGAAAGCCGUGUUUGGUUGGAGAGCUAGGUUCAGCUUUGCUUUGCGGAAUUGGGGUCAGUAUUUUCAGGAUGCUUUUGAGUUGUGAAUUUUGAGUAAUCUUGAAUUUUGCAUGCCCUUAAGUGAGGCCUGUUCUUUAAUUUCUUCCUUCCCCAGCAUCUUGCAUUCUUUAUUGGGCAUUGUAUGUGGCACAAGUGGAAAAUGGGAAUAUUCAUGUUUAACGUUUAGUUAGUGUUGCUUCUUAAUUGCGGUGAUGGUUUACAGUAUUAUACACUUAGACAUUCAACUAAGACUACUUCUUGCAAAACUUAUGCCUGUACAAGGUAUUAUUUAUAAGCCAGUCACAUGCUAGGUGUAGUAUGAGCAGUGAAUAUUCUGAACAAGCUGCUUUUGGAGAACUGUCUGUCAGGUUGUGUUCUUUGGGACUCUGUGCUGCUUUUGACUACCUCUUAGGUUUUGUAGUCUUCUGCUGCUGCACUGAUAUUACUGGGAAUUUUGUAUUUUUAAGAUAUGAUUGCUUGUUAUCUAUUAGUGGUGUGGGAAAUGGUGGUGGCAGUGGAAUGUGAGUAGGUCUCGACAAGAUGCUUACAUUUCUGAAGCCUGGUACUUCGGUAUGUUCUAGUGAAACGUGGAACAACUGUCACUAACUGUGUUGAAUGGGUCUCUUCACCCUCAUUCUUCACAGCACAGAAACUUCCAUGGAUGUGCUUCAAAUGUUCAUCUAGCUAGUAGACUUGAUGCAUCUGUCAUACUUUUUACAAUAGCAGAGUUGUGUCAGUAGUCAUACUGGGUGCUUAGUAGAAACCUUGGAGCAAAUGUCUUUGUACACUUCUCAAAACUGCAGACCCUGGGAUCACAAAUAACCAAUGAGCUCCCUAUCCUUUAAUUGGAGCCUUCUCUCCUGAGUAGAGAUGAAACUAAAAUUUAAUGCCUAACCAUAGACAAGGGCCAGCUUUUUUCCAGGCGGUGUAUCUCUAAUAGCCUUAUUGGGGAUGCCAAAAAUAAUUCAGGUGUUUGGGUAUGAGAUGAAAUUUUACUACUUGGUAUUUUUUUGUUUAACUAUUAAAACUUAAGCCUGUGAAUGUAAUUUUAUUUAGCAUCUCUUUGGGAUUUUGAGAACCCAGAAAAGAGCAGCUGUUACGUAACUGGUUAAACCUGGGUUACUUCCUGUGAACGAGGGACUGAUCUGUAGAAAUAAAUAUUUGAUUAUAAACCAUGGCGUUGUGUUCGCUUCAGCUCAUUUAGGGUGUGCAGAAAGGUUGAUGAGAAUAAGUAUCACUUUGUUAACUUUAUUAAUGUCAAACACGCAGUUAAGCUGUUAGUAGCUUUCUUGUGUGUAAGAUGUAGUGACAGAAUAGUGUAAAUACACUGGCUUUUUUUUUUUUAAGGCACUAUUGUUGAGCUAUGGCUAUUGAGGCAGUACAAAGAAAGAGGCUCAGAUAUCACAGUUAUGAGCAGAAUUAAAUUAUGAGAUGAAAUCAUUGAACAUUGCUGAAUCUAAUCAGCACUAUGAAUAAUUUUGGUCAAUUUCCAGGAAAAGGGUAAUAUAGGUCCAAAGAAGCAAAAAUAGUUUGACUGAGAGUUUACUUGUUAAUUAGUAAUUUUUUAAAGUGAGAUUAAGAAUAACCACUAUGAAGCAGGACUGUUUUUGUGUCAAUAAUACACACUUUAGACUAAUAAUUAGAGCUUCUUACUAAAGGUGUAUCAGGCAGCAGUUUUGAGAAGAUUCUUUUCAAACAACUGUAUUUUAGUGGAUUAAGAAGUAUUCACUGAAAAUGUUCACCUAACUAAAUUUCUUUAUUUAACAAAGGUAAACAACUAUUCUAUUUUCUACAAUAUACAUUUACUUGGAAGUAAGUAAUAUAAGCAAUACUGAUGUUUUACUUAAGUAGCCAUAGAUAGUCCAGGAAUUAGAAAAUCAAAAUGGGUAUUUAGCAGUUGAUAAUGUCUAGUGAAGUAACUUUCUCAAUGCUUUUUUUUUUUUCCUCUUCCAGAGGAAAAGCUGGAGUUAAGGUUUUCAGUGUAUCAGUGUCUACAUCUUCUGUUUAAAACAAAUGUAAACACUGUGUUGCAUAGAACUUGAAAAAUUGCACUAAUUUUUAAAU